UCUUAACUCGUUGAAUUGUAUUCUUGAUAUUGAAGAAAAUACAAGUCUAUCCGGACUCGAUCGGUUGGAGGAGUUAAAUAUAACACUACCAAAAGAAGGUUCAGUCAAAAAACUCAUUCAAGCGUUAACAUAUAAAACACCGUCGAUUCUUAAACAUUUAGUGAUAAUGGAGGAAUUACUGGAUGAGAAUGAUAUAUUAUUAUUAUCACAAAUCCAUUCCCUAAACACUUUAGAGUGCGGACUGUUAAAGGACGAUUCCUUUAAGUAUUUGGCGAAACUUACUAAUCUGGAAACAUUAAUAGUAACAUCGGACUAUUACAUUGAAAAUGUUUCCAGUCAUCUAUUAAACAUAUUUAGAAAUUGCACAAAACUUGAAUUUAUGGACUUAAGCUAUUGUGACGAAGAAAUUACUAGAGAACUUAUUUACAAGAUCUUGGAUAUACUCAAAAAUGUUAGAAAUCCGUUUCUUCAAAAUCCUUUAAGAUUACGUGUUGCUGACUAUCCCAAUUAUCCUCAGGAGCAAUUUAAUUCCAUGGGCGAAAAGUAUUUUAUAAUUGAAGUGUGAAUAAGUAAUAGAAAGUACUAAUAAAAAUUGUUUCAAAAUUAAUUGAUGAUCAUGUAAAGGAGAAUUAUCAGUAAGAUUAAAUUGUUAGUUUUAUAUGUCCAUUUAAAUGAUUCCUAAAUGUUGAGGAUCGAUUGGAUUGCGUUAAAUUAAAAGUUUUGC